AUGCCUCCAGAUACCAAUCCCGCUAAAGGCGGGGGCAUGAUGUCGCUUUAUGCCAAUCUGCUGGGUCCUUCCGCUGAUACUGCGCCCGGAACUAUUUCGCGCGCACCUGUCGUCUUUAAACAAGGCGAGAAUGACGCGCAAUCCGAUGAGUCCACUGCAAAGAAGCAACAAGUCAAUGCUGCUUCUCUUCGAUUCCAACCCACCAAACGGCCACAACUUUCAGCGCAAAAGACCAAGCCCAAACCCGCUUUACCCAAGGCUCCACAACCUAAUCCAGGCAACUCUGCCCCUGCCACGGCACCUGUAAAAUCAACCUUGGCCGACUGGGCCGGAGAGGAUGACGACUAUGGGUAUGUGGGCGAGAAGCGGCAGCGCGGCGGAAGAAAAAAGCGCAAGAAGAACCAAGAACCGCGCGAGGUGCCACAGAACUGGGACGACAUCUACGAUCCGUCAAGACCGAAUAACUACGAGGAGUACCGACUUAGCGAUGAAAAGAUCCUCGAGGUCCGCGAAUGGAAGGAUCGUCUCUAUGCGCAUCGGAUGAGACGCUCGCCGAGCAGGGACUCAGAUAGUGAUGACUAUGACCGGCCUAUGAACCGUCAAUUUGCACCACCAAGCAGCUUCGCUCCGCCGCCGAAUCUCAACGACGCGUCUCCACCCCCUCCGUCCGGCGAAGAUGCCUUCACUCGUCGUGCACAGAUGAGCCAACGCGAGAAUAACGAUAUAGACAUGCCUGACUACUCCCAUUCAAUACCACCACCACCACCACCACCAGAGGAACCCCCGGUUCCACCUCCGAAUGACGCUACCGGCGAUGAAGCAUACAUGCGUCGGAUUCAACAAACACAGCCUCCACCACCACCACCACCUUCUCGCCUCGAUGCAUUCCAACCCAGCUCUGCGACCAUAUCUCGUGCACCUGUCCGAUAUACUCUCCCUCCCCCUCCAGCCGACAUCCCAGCAUCCGAAGCAGAAUUGGCAGAAGUACUUGCCAAGGAACAACCUGGAGAGGCUGAAGCCGAAGCCGAAGAUACUGAGGAUGCGCCGCGCUCUCUGCGCCCUGGACAAAAGGGCUUUGCAGAACGUCUACUCUCAAAAUAUGGCUGGACCAAGGGAUCUGGACUCGGUGCUACGGGCUCAGGUAUAGCGAAACCAUUGCAGGUCAAGGUUGAGAAACGGAAGAAGCGACCCGAUUCCGAAGGAGGAGGUUUUGUCACACCUAGUGGACGGGGGACGAUCAUCGGUGGCAAGAAGAAAGCCGAAGAUACAGGGAAGUUCGGGCCCAUGAGUGAGGUAAUUAUUCUUCGAGGGAUGCUGGAUGGCAUGGAUCUCGAGACCGAGUUGGAAAGUGGAGAGUUGAUGCAAGAGAUCGGUGAGGAGUGUAAUGAGAAGUAUGGAAGCGUGGAACGUGUGUAUAUUGCCCGUGAUGCGGGCAUGCCAAUUCCCGUGUUUGUCAAGUUCACUAGUCCUUUAUCUGCUCUGCGGGCAGUAAAUGCUCUUGAAGGACGAAUCUUCAAUGGAAACGCCAUCACAGCACGAUUCUUCAACACAGAGAAGUUUGAAGGGGGAAUCUACGUGGAAUAA